CCCUUCGCCCGCAACGUCGCUGCUCGCCGCCUGGUCCGAAGCGGCGCUGCUGCUGCUGUCACUUCGCGUCUGCCCUCGGGGGGCGGGAGGGCGGGCGGCAUGUGCUAAUGGCAACGUGGUCCCCUCGGGAGCUCUUCACCGCCCGCCUCUCGCAGGUCGCUGCUGCCGCCCCGCUGGGAGAGGAGGAGAUGGAGUCGCAGCGGGUGAUGCAACUGCAGGCUUUCCCUCACCUCCCCAUCCAAAUCAGGGGUGUCGCUAGGGAGGAGGGCGCCUGUGUUCGCUCCUCUCCCCGCAGCCCCAUGAAGGCAAUGGGGAGGGGUGGAGCUGGCGGGAUGGUUCUUUGAACCUCCACCUCUGAAACAAAUAAAAGGCACGACGCCACCCAUGCACAUGUAUGUUGCUCAUGUGGCCGUCGCUUUUAGUGGGGCCUCGCAUGUGCGACUGCUUCUCCGAGCCGUCUUCACAGCUGGAUCCAAGUAAACGCCGUGUGUCACCUACUGCCUAACAACUCUGGUUGAGAAUUGCCAAGUGAUCGUCUGCGUGUGGGAGCCAGCCCUCGCUGGAGCUCUUUUAAGGAGCUGUCCCUCCCUGGUCGCUCCUAUGCACUUCUCAGUCCCGGGGAUGGCGGGAAGGAAGUAGAGUGGCUAUCUGUCUGUGGGGGACGAGGGGCAGAAAUUCAGCAGGUAAAGCUUUCAGUAUUCGAGGAUCUCCAUACUGGGGGAAAUUGUGCUUCUGUCUGUAGCACAGAAGCCUUUUUCGGGAAACAGCAUGGCAACGCUAAAAGGCCACGGUCCUUGCGCUCCUUCGCUACAGUGUGAAGAUGGGGAUGGGACGGAGCAAUCCAUUGCUGAAACAGUUCUAGUGCAAACAGGCCAAUAUCAACGUAGAGGCUCCCUUUUGUGGGCUCUCCUGUGAGUGUCAGUCGAAGACCUGGUGUCCAGGGACAGCUUGGGAGACCCUGCCCUGAGAGCAACCUUUCCUUUGCGGCCAUAGCGGCACCUAGUGGUCUUGGAGGAAUCCCUGCACUGACAGUUUCUCUCAGUGGCUGCUGCUUUUUCUGGAUGGAGGAGUUUUCACCUUGGCUCAAGGCUGGUAGGAUGUCCACCUGAAAGGGUGCUCUCUCACUAGGCCUCCCUAGCUGAGUAUUUUCUGAUGAGAGGAAAUGAAUUGGGUUGGUGGUUCUCGAAAAAGAAUCAUGCUUACGAAGGAGAGAAGAAAGCAGAAGGAUUUCUUUGAAAAGGAAAGGCUGAAGUCCAAGAUGAAGAUGUUGAGGGUAUCUCCCCUUAAAAGCUCAACUGUCAGUUUAGAUCUCCUCAAUCUGUAUGUUGUUAAUCAGAUGUCUACCAAGAAAGAUUAUCCUGACAAAGUUCAAAAACCAGUUCAUGUGGAUAUUGACAAAGGAAUAAAAAUUCCUCUGAGGCGGCAUAAUGUAGAACUUCCCAAGUCCCCUGAAGAGAGAUCAUCUAAAAUAUCCCUAGAUGACAUUCAGAACAGGUUACAACAAGAAGUAUUAGAAAAUAGGACUAAGUAUCUCUUGGGGAAAAAGAACAUUCAAUCUCAAUGCCGACCAUCUCAGCCAGAGAUUAUUAAGUGUGACGACCCUUGGCUUCCUAAAACAUCACACAGGCAAAGGAAUUUCAGUGACCCUGGUGUAACUGCACCAGCAGGUCUGCAUUUUCAGCAGCUGAACAGUUCAGAAUAUAGUAACUCAUUUGACAAGCAUCCCAAGAUCACUGUUGGCACAGAUUUUGGAGAUCAGAGCAAAGGAGGGCCAUUGUUCAGUGUUGUGAAUGACAGAGAAAUACUAAAGGCUACACAAGGUGAAAGCACCCAGCCCUGGGCAGCUUUGUUUGAAGAGGAGAAUCAAUGCUUUCCUACUCAUUCUUCCUCGGAAUUGUAUUGUUCUUUUACUGACAAAAAUAUUAUGGAGGAGCUGUUUACAGAUCCAGGUGUUGCAAACCAAAUAUCCAAUGUGGGUGGUCCUUAUGUCAAAGAUAUGCAUCAGAGGGCAAGUUUUGCUCAAAGUUGUCCUGCUGAAAGAAGCCUCCAAGGUAUUUUCACAGCUCCAGAGCAGAUUUUCUCUAAACAUACCAAAAGCUUAAGUGCAAACAGUCAAGAGCUCAUUAAGAAUCAGCUGAAAGAUUACUGCAUUCAAGAAAGAAAUCCUGUAAUAUUUUCUGAACAGCAAGAGAAUACUGCAGACUUUAACAGUGCAGCUAUUCCAGGAGGACGAUCUUCAGAGUUCCACACUCAGACCACAUCACUGAACUGCAGGGGAUUUAUAAACCAAACAAGAAAUAUUAAGGUAGCAGAAACCAUGCAGAAUUACUUCAAGGAAGACAGAAACGGCACACUGGCAGAACCAAGUCUGAAUCACUUGAAGAUCUUUGGACUUGAAGAGGUGCAUGAUGCCUCUUUCACUUCCCUUCAGAACAAGACAGAAAAUGAAGUCAGCAGUUACUAUGAUCAUAGUUCAGAACCUGACAGACAACAAGAUGAUACAUCUCAGCUGAGCAGCCAAUCCCCCGGUUAUUCACGAGAGCAAGCAGGUAUAUAUGCCAGAACUACGUCUGAUGAGCAGUCUAAAGAAGAAGAUCAGAAUGGAAACAUGCCUUGUUAUUUUGAGGACUCUUUCCCAAGAAAUUAUGACAACCGAUUUACAGUUUCAGGAAGUCAAAGACCAUGCAAUUGCCAAUCAAUGGAUGUGUCUUCCAUUCUCCUUGACAGCAUGACCAAGGAAAGAGCAGGCAUUCAUCCUCAGAUAAAGUCAGCCAUGGAUAUAAGAAAAGUGAAUGCUGCUCCAUCUCUGCACAGCAAAGCACACAUACCGUUUAAAAACAAACAGUAUGCUAAUUUCAACGCAAAGCACAAUGCUUGGUCCCAAACAGAGAAAUGUGCUGAAGAAAUACAAAAAUCCAAUGCUGCUAUUCAGUGUGAUAUCAUGCAGGCAUGUAGGUGUAAAAGUGAGCUGUCCUCUCUCUGUAGUGCUGAAAUUGUCACUUCAACAAGUAAGGUAGAGACCACAGGGGGGCAGAAUAUUCCAGUAAAUGGAGCAGCAUUUCAGCCUUUAAGUAACAGCAGUGCAAUGUUUGUUAAGACCUUGCCUUCUGACACAGAGUACCUCACAGAACAAGGCAAAACAAGCCGAGGCAUGCUAAAUUGCCUCAAUGUGAAGGAUAAAGGGGAAACAUGCAACUAAAUAUAAUUUGCAUUGCCUUGUAUACUCAUUGCCAGUAUAGCAAAGAUAGGAGUUUUAUCUGAUUUAUUGCUUUGACCACAUAUAUUCUCAAGCCACAGUCCAAAACCAGGUUAGGCGCACUUCACUGGCUUCAUUUCAAGGCAGAGUUACACACACUUAUGCCCCAUGACAAUACCAUCAAGUUGGUGUUAAAUCAUGACCAUUGAUUUCAGUGGUCUUAAGCAUGCUUAACGCUGUUGGAUUGUGACUACUUUGUUUUGCACAACUGCAUUUUGUUCUUGCAAAGUACAUAUAUCCUCCACUAAUAUACACUGCUGAUAAUAUUCUAGAAGAGAAAUGUCUCUGUAAAAGCAGUUACAACUGUUUAUGAAAAUGCAUUCUUGAAGCCAAUGGACACACAUACAUUUUAAAAAGAGGCACUUUAUAUAGAACGAUUUAUUUCUACUUCCAUUGUCAUCACACAAUAUAUCAUUUUUGAGGAAUAUAGCAAUUAACAUUUGUGCAUACAGAAGUGACUGUCACGGUGUUACUGCAUAGAAUAAUAUUCCAAGCUAACCUUUCCUGCCUGUUUGACUUAAUUCAGCAGCUCUCAGUUUUUACCUUGCUUGAAUGUUUAGGUUUGAAAGAUUGAGUUUUAUUCAGUAUAUGUUAUUUAUAAUCCAUGAAAUAAAACCCAUUUCUUUUAUACUCA